UGAAAAUUUAUCGCUAAUAAAAAUAACUGUGGACGAAUUUUGCAUAAAGUGCGAAAAUGAAUUAACGAAAAUCAAAAAGGAGAAUUGCAAAGAGGAAGAUUUGUACAUUUUUUCUCAUAAGGGGAAAAGCUGCCAUGGUUUUCUGAUUAUGAAAAGCAAAACGAAAUGUAAAUUGGAAAAUCGAAUUUCCAUUUUAAAAAUAUUUGAGGGAAAAAUGCAGUGAUGGUUUUGUUGGGAGAGAUGCACCCACAGUUGCACAGGCAUCAUCGUCUUAAACAACUGUCAAUACCAAGGGCUGUAUUAAUUGAGGGCGUUGAAACAAACGUUAACAUUCAGAUAUCCAGUGACAACCUUGAACCAACUCUUAAACCUGGCUCAUCUCUUGAGAAAUCCGAUAAGAGCAGAACUAAAUCUUUGGCACGUCGACUACUUCAAUCUUCUACCUCUGAUGUCAUAGAAGACCAACCUUACGAGCGGGCUUCACUUUUACUGCUUCCAAGCAUGGAGUCACUUGAAUUAAUACCGAAGGUAAAACAUCGCAGAUCUAAGAAUAGGAAGACACAUUUUUGCAAGUUUUGCAAUAAAAAAAUUGUCUAUCUAUCCCGGAACGUGCAAAUAAUCUAUGAAGAUGAAGAAGUUAAAAGAUACGUCGAAGCGACAGGCUGUAUGAAAACGUACGCGAAACCUUCCAUUGUAGACCAAUAUGGGAAAAAUUUCGCAAUUUUUCAAAAACAGUAGGGUACACGCGUAGAUAAAGGAAUGGCAAGACGUUUUUUUGAAAAAUUUUCAGAUCUACAGUUUGAAGUGUAGCUCACAAGCAGGCUGAUAGAAAGACAUUUUUACAACGCCAGGCCAUUCCGAUAAUGAAAGAAGGUUAAAAACUAAUUCAUUUCGUUAAAGUUAAAUUAGAAGAAUCCUUCACAACGUUAAGGUUUUAAUGAAAAAACAAUUUGUUAAGGUCAUGAAGUUGAAAAAUGUUUGUCAUGCACAUUAAAUUGUGGAUUUUUAAUAGGAAGAGAAUAAAAUAAAUAUAUCAAAUAACUCUUAAGGGUUGGCAAAACGCACAAGAGGUGAAACGAUAAUACCUCUCCCUUAAUAAUUCGGAAAAGUUAUUUGUAACUUAUUUUAAGAGAUUAUUUGUGAAGGAGAAAUGAGAAUAGGGUAGAAUCGUCGCAUUAAAAGAGGACCUCAAAUAUUAUGAUAAAAUAUUAGAAUUAAGCUCAGUGGCGGACGUUGGACGGAAUAAAAUAUAUAAAUAAGAAUUUGCGAGAGGGGAAUUAUAUGUAGAAGGAACAACCGUGAUGAGCUGAAAAUCCCACAAUGCUAACAAGAACCGAACUUAAUAAACACUUAGCUGUAAGCCUUCAGUAUGUUAACUAAAAACUUCGACUUACGGCAAGUGGCAAAUAUUUUGUGCCAUCUGGAGGAAACAUCCUGUUUCAGCGUUACAUCUGGGCCGGAUCAGUAAGUUAUUUACUGUAUUAAAUAAGGUUGGUAUUGAAGAAUUCAGCGGAAAACCUGUAGAUGGUAUUCCGUGAAAAAAUUUGGAGUAUUUAGAGGUUCAACCACCCCGCGGUUCUACCCCAAACCGCCUCACAAAGCCCUCAGCAAGAAUUCACAGAUCAAUCAAAUUUGUAUUUGAAUACUUCUUCACAACCAGUCUGCUCAUACGUGGUAUGGUCACGCGACAUCCCUGAUUACGAGCCGCAGGAAAAAGGAGGGAAUUGUUCUACCCCGGGGUGAAAGUCGUGGGAAAAAGAGGAGAUAUACUUCCAGAAUGAAACAAGGUUAACGGUUUCGACGGUCCCAUGAGAUAAAAAAUGAUUUGAUGGUCGAAUUUAAUGAGGGGAUAAACAAAUGGAGAUUACCUGAUUUUGAAAGGAUAUCACAGGGUUGUAAAAUAUUAACGGUUAAACAUAAUCCCUUCUUACAAUAAGCCCAAAAUUGUUAAGAGGGGCAAUCGAUAAUAUGAUACAUUUUUUUAAAAACUAAACAAAAAAGUCUUUUCUGUAUAUUUUUAUGUAUAUGUAGAUUAAUAUUGGUAGUGUCAUUUACCUUCAAUAGGUUGUUUUAUUACAUCUAUUUGUUUAUCUUAUUAUUUGUCACAUUCCACAGAGGAGACAAAUCAGAAAGACAAUUUCAUCAAAAUAUUUAUUAAU